AUGCAGCCAGUGGCCCUGGUCUAUGCAGCUCUGAUGGUGGUCUCCAGUCUGUGCUGUGUGUGUGGUAAUGUGGUUCUACUACUGGUGGUUCUUCUCAACAAGGAGCUCCACACUGAAACCUGGGCCCUGACCCUGAGCUUCUGCCUGAGUGACCUGGCCCUGGGUCUCUCCAUCAUCCCCUUCGGAGCUUACAACAGCCUGCUCAGGCCGCAGGGCUACCCCAGCGACGGGCACCUCUGCCAGGGCAGCGCCUUCCUCUACCUGCUUCUUCAGCUGGCCUCCAUCCACUCCCUGACCUGGGCCACCAUUGACAAGUUCACAGAGAUCUGCUUCGCCCUGAGCUACACCACCAUCUGCACGGCCAAGAGGACCAGGGUGGUACUGGUCCUGGUGUGGCUCUAUGGCCUGAUCAACGCAGCCUUGCCACUGCUGGGCUUCGGCAGCUACACCUACAGCAGCACCAGGUUCCUGUGUGGCCCCAGCUUCCAGCCAGACUACAGGGGCUUCAGUAUGCUCUUCAUCGUGGUUGGGAUCAUAGCACCGAUACUCAUCAUGUGCUCCAUGUAUGCAUACAUUGUGUAUAUUGCGAGGAAGCAGGUGCAGCGAGGGACGUUUGUUUGCAACGACCAGCACUGUUUUUAUGUUCCUGCUAAUAACUACUUCAGGAGCUCCAUAGUGAUGGUGGCAACUGUGGGUGAGUCUCAUUGGUGGUUACAUACCAGUUCUAACCUUGUGAAUAGUACAUUGAAGCUCUCGAUUUGUUGCUGUAUCCAGACAGAGCAAGGCAUUUGAGAUAUAUGGUCAUUCUGAGCACUGAGCAGAUACACAGAUUAAAAGCCUUUUAUGUAAGGAACAAAAGCAAAUAACAUUCAAGGUCCAUCAGUGGCUGUUAUUAUUGACAUCUUUCUGUAGGCUACAUUUGUAACGGGUCAAAUUCAGUUUUUUUGAAAUGGUCAAUGUGCUAUAACAACAUGACACACUACAAUAAGGUUAGUGAUUUAGGAAUCUCGCGAAUAUAUAAAUAUACUAAAUAGACUUCUUCAUAUCAACAUGUAAUGUUACCGUAAUGAAUCGAAUAACCUCCUGUUAAAUAUAUCGCAUUUCAAUAAGAUUACCCUUGACUCGCUCUUAUAAUAUAUACGUAAUUACUCUAAUAAUCUCCCAUCUUAAUUCUCUCCAUUGUCAGUGUGCCUGCUGGUGUGCUGGCUGCCUUACAUCACCACCUGUUUCUAUGAGACGCUCAGUGGCCAUGACCCGCCAGCAGCAGCCUCAGCCAUAGCCACCUGGCUCGUCCUCUUCACCUCCACACUCAACCCAUGGAUCAACUCCAUGACGCAGACGUAAGUAAUAGAGCAAUAGCCCCAAACAAAGUCAAAUAGAAAUAUAAAGAGUCAUUUCAAUGCCAAUUAGAAUAAGGCUCAGUCUUGUGCAGAUGAUAUAACGUAAUAAUAUGAAGGCCCCUCAAUAGCCACUUGAAACCAAAGUCAGAGGGAAUUGAGAAGCUAGCUCCAGUACAUUUCUAAAUGAGGGCUGUUGAGAGGGGAAAUAGCUGAGAGCUUGAGAUGAUUAAAAUGAGCUUCUCAGUGUGGGAGCAGAGCUGUGGCUAGCUGCACUGCAUCAGUGGUUAUAUGGUUAAUGGUGGCUUACUUUCUCUCUCCAUCUGUCACUCUCUCGGAUUCAAUCUCUCUCUCCCUCUAUUUAUUUCUCUCUCCCUCUCUACAUCUUGCUCUCUCCAUUUCUCUUCCUUCCUCUCUAUCCCUCUCAGGCGGUACAGAGCGGCUCUGCGGAAAAGCCUGAAUAAAAUACGACAGCUGCUUCAGCGCCCUCUGAAGAACUCCCACCCACAGAGCACCGCCAUCCAACUGGAGAUAGUGAGCCACCACCACAUCACCAAGCCAUCACUCUGGUCAGAUAACUCCAAGCCAGGGUCACCAGAGACUAGAUCCAUGUCAGAGGUGACAAUGUAG